CCGGGCCAGGAGUUGAACUCAAUGAUCCUUAUGGGUCCCUUCCAACACAGAAUAUUUUAUGAUUCUAUGAUUGAUGGGGACUGAGGGAGUGGAGGCUACUGGUGGUGCAGCUGCUUGACAUACAGAGAUACAGUGUGAGUACAAGUGCUGGUGUGGGUGGGACCAAUGAUAGUGAUUGAGCUCAUGAGAGUGGUGAGCUGCCAUACAGGUGGUCUCUGUAAAGAGUGUCUAGAAAGUGAUAGUAGUUGGGUUGCAGUGUCAGGAAACUGCCUGCUCCUUCUAAGGAUGCAAUGGCAGUGUAGUUAUUGAUUGAGAAAGUGCUGGUAGUGAUAAUGGGGGGUUGUCAAGAGUUAUGCCUCAUUACUUAUUUGUUUGGGAGAAGUAAUAGGUCUUUCCUUCUGCAAAGGUAUUCCUACUGGUUUAAAAUGUGCAGUUGAUUCUCAGUUCCCCUAAACAUGUUCCCCUCUCUCUCAUAUGUGUGUGUUUUCUGUGGUUUGCAAAAUCCAGAAAAUCCUUUAUUGUAGUAUGGGGGAGGGGUUACCUUGUAUAGCUUGGAGGCUUUCUUGUUGCCCCCUGCUUGGGAAGAAUUUAAUAAAUAUAUCACUGGACCUCAUCAGUGUCUGGAGUUGGAAAAAAAAAGGCCCUAAACCUUUUCAAAAUACUACUGCUCAAAAUUUCACAUUUGUAUCCAGUUUUAAGUGGGGGACCUGAUUAUCCAUUUAGAGAAAGGGACAGAAAUAAAAAAAACCCUUAGGGAUUGCUCUAGUGAUCUUCUAUUUCUGAGGAAAAUCAGUAAAAUAAGUGGUCAAGUGAAAAUGGAAUCAAUACAAAUCCAGUUAAUUCUGCACUGAAGAAGUAUGACAGAUUCUCUUUUACACUUAACACGUGUAACCUGCACUUGUGCAUUUGGGCUGGAAAUUCCAGAGGGGUCUAGGAGGAGCAAAGCACCUAAUUUCCAGCCUUAGUGAAUUUUUUUUCUUAAUUCACUUGUUUGGGUUUUUUUAAAUUUCUUUUUUAAAUACACUAAGCUUAGGAUUUUUAAAAGUUUCGUGAAAAAAUAUUGUAUUGAAUAGGAAACUGCAAAGGUUGUAUGUGAAAUAGGAUAGAAAGUUAUUUUGUAUUCAGAAAGCUGACCUUGCCUUGCUGCAGGAUAUGGUGAGUAAGGUGAGAAGGCAUGGGUCUGUGUAUAGAUUACAGUGCCUCUGUCGAUAAUUAGUUUAACUUGAUUUUACAGGCUUCUUUAUGUGGCUUUCCACUGAGUUUUUUUUCCUGUUUACUUGUGCUCAUUUUAAUAGCAAAAAUGUAUCCAGCCUGCUUUGUUUAGUCAUGGAACAUGUUGUUAUCUGUUUCAGCUAUUAUUGUCAGAAUUCAGAAAAGCAGUUUAAUAUGAAGACAGGGUUUAUACAGUGUUUCUACUCAUUCAGUAAUAAAACCUCCUAUAUUAUAUAAACUAUUCUGGUUCAUUUGAGUAUGUGACUGCUAAAAGUGAGGUAUUUUCAUAAGUGCCCCUUUCUUGUGACUUUUUAAUUUUAUUUUAAAUAAGAUAUGAUACUAGUUCCAUUACAGAAUUAUUCACUGACAGUUGAAUUCUGAGGUUGGUAGUUGUGACAACAUGCCCAGGGAAUACUGCUGACAUGCAUGUCCCUUCAGAAAGUGGUUUUGUUCCAGCUCUGACAAUAAAAACUGGUAUCGGAGUUGCAGUGAAAGGGAAAUAUUCAUAGUGCUAGGAGAACAGAAGGAAAGGGAAAGAGAUGCAUAUUAACAAGUAGACUUGAUAAAACAAAGAUAAAGAAACAAAGGACUGGAAAAAGAACAACUGCUGAUUUGAUUUGCAAGAAUGUAAAACACAGCCCACAGCAAGGGAUGCAAUGAGUGAUAGAGAACACUGAAUCUACUCAGAAUGAUACUUCAGGUUGCCCCAAAAACAUGGGCCUGAGCGCUAUCCUGGGCAGGAUUAUUGUUGUCAAAAACCCUACUAGUUUUUUUUUAUUUCAGAACUGUUAGAAACUUGCCACAAGUGACAAAGGCCAAUGAAUAUAUGACAUCCUAUACAUUCACCUAUGUCUUUUUUCCCCUUCACUUCUAGCACAAGUACAACCGAAAAAAUGGAAGAAAACAAGAAAGAGGAGAAGCCAGGAAAGCAAGUUACAGAACCCGAAUCAGAUAUACCAGAAGCCAUACUAGAACUUCAAAUUGAGACAAAAGAAGCAACAAUUGAUCGGGUUUUGGUUCAUCUGGAAGAAUUGGAAAACAAGAUCAAAGAGUAUCAAAAAAGAAAUGAUGUUCUGAAGGAAGAACAGCAAGCACUUAUCAGGCGCCUAAUAAAACAAAUAGAAGAAAAGGAGAAAGAACGAGAUGAAAAGGAGGUUGUAACUAGGGAUGAUGUGGAAGAGUCACUGAAAGCAAUUUUUCAGUAUGUGAAGGACAAAGAACAACUUUUUAAAGAACUGCGCUCCCAAAUUGAAGAAAUUCAGCAAAGAAUUUCAGUAAAGCAGCGUGAGAGAGAUUAUUGGUUGGAGUACAAAAAUGUAGGAAGUAAAAUACACGCUGACAAGAUUAGCAGUCUGGAGAAAGACAUUAAGAAAGUUAAAGAUGAUCUUCAAAAAACUACAGAAUAUUAUAGAGAUGCUUUGAAUGCAGUGAAAGAAGAACAUAAGAGUCUGUUUGACAGGCACUUGAAGUUACUUAGUGAACAGGCUCUUAAGAGUGCUGUGGGAUACUUAGACAAAAACUGUCGCAGAGAAAUUCAAGAGAAUGAAUGGCUAAAAGAAGAGGUUAAGAUCUACCGAAAGGAAGUAAGUGAUUUGAAAGCCUCUGUUCAGCUCCUGGAAGAAGAAAACACCAGUUUAGUGGCAAAACUGAUUGAUACCAAACUUCAGAACCAGAUAGGAUCCAGGCAUUUGUUUCUUACUGAGGCAGCUGGCUUGCAAGAAGGAUUUCCUAAGGAUGAAAUGGAAGUGGAAUAUAGAGAAUAUGCAGCAAAGGCAGAUGGAGAAGAGAGCCUCAGAAGUGCCACAGUUCCCUGUCAGAGAAAAAAAGCCUUUCCAAAGGUUCAGUCUAAAACAGAGGAUGAGACUCAAGACAGUGAAGAGCUGCGAAAAAAAUUCUUCACUACAGCUGUGGAUCGCUUGCUGUACGAAGAUGAAGAUGAUUUCCAGGCAUACUUAAAACUGGGUCCUCUGAAGAGAAAGCUGUAUGUAGUUGGAAGAGCCGUGCCUACUCAUCAUAAGGAACAAGAAGAAAUGCCAAGCAGGAGCGACAGAGAGGAUGGCAGUGUUGGUAAAUCAGAUGGGCACAUCACAGCUGAGAUGAUCAGGGCCUUAUUUAAAGAAAAUGUUGAUUGAAACUAGACAAGCUGUGCUGUUAACACAGAAAUGUAACAAUCUCAGUUCCUCAAAUAUUUGCUCUGUUCUUCAAGGAGGGUAUGGCAUUGGGCUUUGCGGAAACUUUUUUGAGUGGCUGAAUCAUGAUUCACACGUGUAAGUUUAAUGAGAGGUAUGUCUGUGUGCAGAUGGCUAAUUGAAAGGUUCCUUUCCUUACCACUGAGAGAGGUUUUGUGCACUUUUUGGGCUACUCAGUCCACAGAGCAGCACAUAUAUCUACAAAAGGAUCCGAAUUAAUAUUUAGUUUGUGUGGUCUCCACUUGCAGACUGUCAAAUGCGGAAUUCCCUCUUGAUCGGACACAAAUAGGUAAAUGCAGGUUGCCAUAAAACAUAGAACUGUUACAAAAUAUUUAAUACUCUCCUGAAGCAGAAUUAAUUUGUCCAAGCAUAAUUCAACUAUUUGUACAAAUUGAGUGUUGGAAUGAAUUUUAUCUGUCUCCGUAAACUCCCUACUUAAAUAUAUUGAAAUAAACAAAAAUUAAUUAAAAAAAAUUAAAACCAGCAUAAAAAUCCUGGAAGUCUUAAAUAUUUUGUUUGUUUAGAAUUGGCCAAAUACGUUGUAUAACCCUGUAUCUUCGGUUUGUGACUGGUCUCUAUGAACCUAUAUCCUAGUGCAUUGAUGCAGUGGGGGGUUUUCCACUGCGCACCCUGGAUACCCUCUCAGGAGCACACAACGCAGUUACUUCCCACAGGUAGGCUCUGAUGGGUGUAUUUCCUAGUUAGAAACUUGUGACAGCAUUGAAUAAUCUGAUUUAAACCCUUGACAGGUUAAUCAGCUGUUUGGAAUAAAGUUUUUUAAAAAAUUUAAAA